GAUGUGUGCUGCAGGCUCCUGCAGUGGAACCAUUGACUCUCCAGGCUGUUGGGACUGUGGACCUAGACUAUGCUGUGGAUGACUAGCUGACCACAGAGACUGAUGGAGAUGCCGAGCCACUGUCAGCUGAGGCACUUCAGCAAAUGCUGUGAGAAGAGGUUCCUGUUAUGAGACAGGCUUGUGUCAAAGCAUACGCUGCCCAGUUGCUGUGAGAGAAUGGCAUCCGUCUUGGUGAAGGAGAAGUAGGAGAGCUGCUUAUGUCAUCCCAAUUGACUGGAGAAACUAUAGCUCAGGGCUGGGCUUGCUACAGUGAUGCAGGGGAGAGAAGUAUUGCUCCUAGCAAAUCCUGCUGCAUUGCCUGGUGAAGAGAGACAUUGCUCUGAAUGACCCUUUUGAACUAUUGCUGCAGGCGUGCAGGAGAAAAGCCCCGUUCUGAGCGGCUCCUACUGCAGCGAUGGAAUGACACAGUGGGCAUGCAGAGAAGCAGUACUCCAAGCAGGGUGGCCAGACUUACAGGCCCUCCAAGCUGCAUGCGACAAUCGUCAGAAGUUCAGGAGGCAGGGCACACCUGCUGGGGCUCAGGGCUUCAGCCCCAUGGGAAGUGCCUGAUGGGACGCUGGACUUCAGCCAGAAGCCCCGAGACCCCCCUCCCCACUGGGCAGAGGCCCCUACUCCACCACCGCGGUGCAAGGCAGAGGUCCCAAGGUCUCCCCACCCCAGUCUGAGCAGAAAAACUCAGACUGCUCCAGAUUACUCUCCGCGUGGACGAAGUGCUCUCUCUGGUCCUGCAGCCUUAUCAGAUAACUCCAUUGCACCUACACGUACUACUAGAAGAGAAAGAUCUCCUCAGAAGGGCCUGAUGGCUUCGCUUCCUGUCCUACAAGAAGAGACGUUGUUCCGAAAGGGAUUCUGGAGCUAUCGAAUCCCAGCCCUGCUCUACAUGCUGCAGUCCUGCACCAUCCUGGCAUUCGCCGAGGAGCGGGAGGAUGAGGUGGAUGAACAUGCCAAGCUGAUAGCAAUGCGCAGAGGCACAUAUGAUGGGACUACCCACCGUGUUCAGUGGACCAAAAUGGAGACCAUUGUCAAUGCUCAGCUGGAGGGCCACCGCUCCAUGAACCCAUGUCCUGGGUAUGAUGAAGUCACCGGGAACCUCAUUCUAUUCUUUAUAGCUGUCCCGGGAAAGGUCUCUGAAAACCACCAGAUCAAGACAAAGACCAACUUGGUCCAUCUGUGCCAGGUCACCAGCACUGAUAAUGGAUGCUCCUGGAGCCCUGCGAAGGAUUUCACUGAGACUGUCAUUGGCACAGCACACAAGGACUGGGCCACCUUUGCGGUGGGACCAGGCCACGGUUUACAGUUGCUCAAUGAGGCUCGGAGUCUUGUGAUUCCUGCCUACGCCUAUCGGAUAUUUGACCCUGGGAGAAAACCCUCCCCACACGCCUUCUGCUUUGUUAGUUCUGACCACGGAAAGACCUGGGCAAUGGGGAACUUUGUGGCAAAGGAGCAUGCUGUGGAGUGCCAGGUAGCUGAAGUGCACAACCGAGGAGAAAGGGUGCUGAACUGUAAUGCUAGAAGCAGCCAGGGAGCCAGAGUCCAGGCUGUGAGCUACAACCAUGGGAUGGAUUUUGAUGGUGGUCAGCGGAUUGAGAAGCUGGUAGAACCUCCCCAUGGCUGCCAUGGGAGUGUUAUUGGCUUCCCAAGUCCUGCUAACGUGAAGUCAGGGUGUCAGGACACCUGGGUGCUCUACUCUCACCCCACAGACCCAGCUGGGUGGAGAAAUUUAGGAGUGUACCUCAACAAGUGUCCCUUAGAUCCAGCAUGCUGGAUAGGACCCACUCUCAUCUUCAAGGGCUUGUGUGCUUAUUCGGAUCUGCAGCACAUGGAGUGAGGCCCUGAUGGCUCCCCGCUGUUCUGCUGUCUGUUUGAGUUUGGCUCCAGCUCACAAUACAAAGAGAUCAUCUUCCUUAUGUUCACUUUGAAACAAGCCUUUCCAUCCGAGUGCUGA